AUGGCUCUGGCCGCAGCGAGACAUCCAACGCCUGAAUUCCGCUCUCGUAUCACCCAGCCUCACCGCUACCCUCGAGAUCUCAGCAUCCCCCAGUUCCUCCUCGACCAGUCUUCCCACCCUCUCCGUCCCAGCAGGCUUCCGGGCCAUCCAUGGUUGAUAGACGAUGACACGGGUCGAUCUUACAGGCUGGAAGAGGUUCGAGAUCGGGUGGAACGGUUGGCAAGGGCGCUGAGGAAGAGAUGGUGUAUUGAGACCGGGGAUGUCGUCUGUCUCUUUAGUCAGAAUCAUAUUGACUACCCGAUCGUUGUCUGGGCUCUUCACCGGCUCGGUGCGGUUGUCUCUUGUGCCAAUCCGUCGUACACUUCUGGCGAACUCGAAUACCAACUCAGAGAGACGUCUUCCACGCUUCUGCUUACGUCUUCUACUUCUUUGUGCACGGCCCUUGCUGCCGUUAAGGCGACUGGCCUAUUUUCGAAAGAAAAUGUGGUCAUCUUGGAUACUCCGCAGCUUUUAGCGCCUGGGCAGAACUGUUUCGCACUAGCAUGUCCACCCGAGUCUCAUAUCGACGACGAUUGCACCUUCACCACAGUAGAGCAACUGGUUGCCGAGGGUUGGGAUCUAGACUUGAACUAUACCGAACCUCGCGGACCUCGCGUAGGCGAAACCGUCGCCCUCCUCAGUUUCUCGAGUGGGACGACAGGCUUACCCAAGGCUAUUGCGAUACCGCACAAGAAUGUAAUCGCUGUCGUGAUACAAAUUGUUGCACAUGCACGAGCAAAUGAGAAGGGGCUGAUACCUCAUGAGCGGUUUGCCCGGCCUGGUGAUACAGCGUUGGGUGCCCUCCCCUUGUAUCAUAUCUAUGGUUUUGCCGUAAACUUGCAUGCCGCUCUGUUUUGCGGGAUGAGCUAUGUCGUCGUUCCCAAGUUCAACUUCCAAAAAUCUCUUGCGACCAUUGUUAGACAUCGGAUCACUCAUCUUUACAUGGUACCACCAAUGGUCGUCAUGUUUGUCAAUGAUCCAAUAGUCAAGCACCACGACUUGUCAAGCUUGCGAUUCGCUAUUGUCGCUGCUGCUCCGCUCUCCGAAGAAGUGACAGACAUGUUCAACGCGAUAUUUCCCCAUGUCCGUAUGGGGCAAGCAUUUGGCAUGACAGAGACGGCUUCUAUCCUCACUCAAUUCGAUUUCCACGCUAAAUCAGUCAAUGGCUCCUCUGGCACCCUAUUGCCCGACACUGUUGCGAAGAUUGUCCGAGAAGACGGGCAGAUGGCUGAGCACGACGAGCCGGGCGAGCUGUGGGUGAAAGGCCCUCAGUCUGAAGGCAUCUACUAUGUCAACAACGAAAAGGCCACGCAAGACACGUUCUUUCCCGAUGGAUGGGUAAGAACAGGCGAUAAAGCGUUGAUGAGCGAGCAAGGACAGCUGUUCGUCGUGGAUCGACUCAAGGAAAUGCUUAAAGUGAACGGAUAUCAAGUCGCCCCUGCCGAACUGGAAGGUCACCUCAUCAUCCAUCCCUACGUGCAGGACACAGGUGUAGUCGGUGUCCCAGAUAAACAGCGUGGCGAGGUUCCGCUAGCUUUCGUGGUGCUCUCCGCCGAAGCACACAGGGUCGCAGGACCUGGGCUCGGAGAUGCGAUCAUCAAAGAAGAACUGAAGAAAUGGGUGAGAGAGCAUAAGGUGAGGUACAAGUGGCUCGAAGGAGUGGAGUUCGUGCAGGCCAUACCGAAGAAUCCAAGUGGAAAAAUAUUGCGCCGCUUGUUGAGAGUCCAGGCACAACAGUUGAUAGCAGCCAGAUAGGGCUCAUUGCCGUAUCCUUCAUUCCGAUAUCUGUCAAAAUAUGCCGUCAC